AUGAAAGAAAUCAUUGAGGUUUUAGCACUUUUCCUAGGUUUUGCAGGCUGGAUACUGAUUUUCAUAUCUUUACAAGAUCAGUAUUGGAGAAAAUCUUCCGAAGAUGGCAGUGCGAUUACAACCUCCGCAAUCUAUGAGAACCUCUGGAUGUCUUGUGCGAGUGAUUCAACAGGGAUAUUUAACUGUCGUGACUUUCCAUCCCUUUUUGCUCUUCCAGGGCAUGUUCAGGCCGCACGGGCACUCAUGAUCACUUCCAUUGUUUUUGGGACGUUUGGGCUCGUUGCUACUCUCGCAGGAAUGAAGUGCUCAAAAAUAGGAGGAGAAAACUACGUCCUGAAGGGAAGGAUCGCUGCGAUUGGAGGAGUGUUCUAUUUACUACAAGGGAUUUGCACCAUGAUUGCUGUAUCUUGGUAUGCAGCCACCAUCACACAGGAGUUCUUUGACCCGUUUUAUCCAGGGAUAAAGUAUGAGAUUGGAACAGGCUUGUACAUCGGGUGGUUUUCAGCUACACUUGCCAUUUUUGGAGGUGCAUGCCUGUUGUGUAGUUGCACAGUCAACACACCCGACGAAAAAAUAUCAUAUUCAUGCCAACCAUCCUCUAAAGAACACGUGCUGUUAAAUACGGCAAGGUCUCAAACUGUGUCGAGCAACUCUGGAAGAAAUGUGUAUAUCUGAGAGGUGAUUGAGUAAUGGAGUGAGCUACCUGGGUUGGACUCUAUUCACAAACUUGAAUGCACUAUGAAAGGACAUCUUUCACAAUGUAAAGACUCAUGAUCACUGUGAACUAGUUUAAAAGCAGUACCCUUGAUUUGGAGAUUUACUGGCUUUGUCUAAUCCAAACCUUUUAGUGACACAUAUUUACAGCAUAAGAAUUUUGAAUGUUAUGCAUUGUGAAAAUUGCAUAUGUAGUUACCAUGGGCUUACCAAGAGAUGUAGCAAAACAAUGAAAACUGUGAUACUACACUGUUAUAAUCUAGAAUUUUACAAAAUACAAUUAGCUUAUUACAUGCUUGCAUUUAACAAUAUCCAGAAUGUGGUAGGAAUCCCAAUAUAGGACCAUUUAUAUCCCCGACAGCUUUAAAAAAACAUACCUUUUAAAGGGGCUGUACUUGAAAUAUCAAAAAAAUUAGACUGGUCUGGAUGCAGCCAGUGGCAGGAACGCCAAUUACUGCUUUAA